AUGGAGGACCUAAAUCUUUCGAGCAACAUCCCCGUUGAUGAGGAUUAUGGAGGGUUCGAGACUCUGGAAGAGGAGGCAGCCAGUUCUGCAUACUCAGUCGCCUCGUCAGUCUACAAUUUUCGGGUCGAGAAUGGACGUCGAUAUCACGACUACAAAGACGGACAUCCCUUUCCCUACGACCUAGUCUCGGAAGAGAAUGAACAGGUUUUGCAUGCAAUGUGUCUUCUUCUCUUCGAUAACAAAUACUUUAUGUCUCCCAUCGACGAGUCCGCCUUACACUGUAUCGUGGACGUGGGCACUGGAAAAGCUCUGUGGGCCGAAGGAGUCGCUGAGAGGUAUCCGGAUGCCCGGGUCGUGGGCAUCGAUACCAUUCAGCCCGAACGCUCGGUCCAGCCGAACCUUUCCUUCAUCGUCCAGAAUGCAACCGACGAAUGGGUCCUAGAUGAUCCUACGAUGAAGUUCGACUUGGUCCAUAUCAGAAACUUGUUUGUGGGAAUAAGAGAUUGGGAUGCGUUAUACGCUCAGUGUUUUGAGAAAAUGAACUCUGGCGGAUGGAUCGAACAACUCGAAUUGGAAAUUGACGCGCAUACCGACGACCAAUCUGAACUCCCAGACAGCCAGGUUAUGAAGCUCUGCAGAUUUGUCGAUGACAUGACUGCUGCUACUGGAAGGGAUUUCCGCGUCUCCUCCAAGAUGAAGGCUGCAAUAGAGGCAGCUGGUUUCGUCGACGUACAGGAGCAAAGGGUCAAGCUUCCCUUGGGCCCUUGGGCAUCCGAUCCGAAAUUCAAAGACAUCGGGAGGUUUUUUGAACGAUUCUACAAGACGGGCCUCCAAGGUUGGCUCCUCCAAAUAUGCAUCCAAUUCUUUGGGUGGACGCUGGAUGAGGUCAACGACGCAUGCAUCAAGGCGUUCAAGGAGAUCAAUUCCCGCCAACAACACAUGUAUUUCACACUCAUCAUCGUUAUCGGACGAAAACCUUGA